CAAAAAUAUUGGACAAAAAUGAUUUAACUAACUUAUUUUUGUCAAAAAAGUGUGAUAUCCUAAGAUGCGUCGCACAUACAGAUCCAAAAAGGAAACUGGUGGUGCCCUCGAUCACAGAGAUGUGAUACAAGCGUUGGACGAGAAAAGUUCUGCUUUUGAAGCGUAUUACAUACAAAAUAUUAAACAAACCAAGCGAGAAUUGUCUUGUGUGGGUUCAUCGAACCAUUAUGGAACUGCUGCUAGCAAAGUACGUAAGAGGAAAUACGUGAAAAGGAUUGUAAAAGACCCCGAACCACCGGCUAGAGAUUCAGGAUCAACGUCGGCAUUUCUGACUCCUGACAAGUCUUUGCGAGUCAAUAAAGUUCAAGAUCUCUUUGACCAGCUGUUGAACUCGUCCUCGCCCGGUCGGUUCGACUCUCCAAAGAAUAGUAGACCUAUUAUUUUCAAAUAUCGCGAUAAGCCAGAAACCAAGGCAUAUGGUAGAAAGAAAUUAUCAAAAAUUAAGAAGUUCAACUGCUCAAGCAGUGAUAGUUUUGAUUCUGAUAAGGAGAACUCAAAUGAAAGUUGUAAUAAUACAAAGAAUGUCACAGACUUGAAAGCUUUUGAUUUACUUAUUGAAACUGAGAGAAAACCUAGUCCAAAACAUCUGGAUGAGUCCAUUACUAAUAUAGUCAACAACAUAUCUAUUUUUAAUAAGUUAAACUCAAAUGGAGGCAAUUCUAGUAACUCUAGUAAUAAUCCCAACAAUUAUGCAGUAAAUAGAUUAACUACGAACUUACAAACACCGUCUGGUUCUCCGUUGUGUAGCACUCCGUUCAAGGAAAAGUAUCGGAGCCAAUCUAUUUAUAAAUUCUCACCUAUCAGCUUUGGUAAGAACGAUGACAGUCCAAAUUAUGUGACUAUAGUUGAAGAAAAUGAUAAUGAUAGUGUGGUUAUAGUUGACAAAGAUGACACCACAUCUAAUUCUCACUGCGAAGAUUAUCAGCCUUCACCUGUUAUACAUUUAUCUGUAAAUAGAAGUGUGAAAGGCCUUAAAAAUAAAUUAACCAGCAAAAGUCCUGAGCAUACAGACACUCCACUGACUGCAAUAACACCAAAAGUUAUUGAAAACAAAGAGAAAUCACAGAGUAAUGUUGAAAUAUCUAGUAUUGAGAUAAGUGACUUCCAAACCACAGAGGCUGAGCCUUUUUAUGGUUUCUCAAAUGAACCAACUGAAGCUUUAUGUAUUGAAAACCAAAAUAAUAGUUUAUCUGACGAAUCAGUUAUUAAUGAAUUUGAAAAUAGUUCAAAUCGUGAUUCUACAGUAUGUAAAAAUUCCGAAACUGACAGUAAUGAAACAAACAAUUCUAGUGGGUUAGAUGAUGAAAAUGAAUCUUCUUAUGGAACUUGCAAUAGUGAACAAUCUUCCCAUGAAGACGUUGAAGAAUUCAAAAAUGUUCCUAUAGUUAAGAUUGAAAGACUAAAUGAUUCAGUUCUACAAAAGUAUUACGAAAAAUAUUUAGCUAAUAAAUGUGAAAAAGAUGAAUGUGAUGAGACAAGUGAGCUGGAUAGUGAUGAUUAUAUGAGUAUUGAUGAUAUUAAGUCUGUAAAUGAUGAUUCUGAUAACUUUGACAAUUCAGACUUAAAAAAUGUAAUGCCAGAUGAAGUUGAAGCCUCUGAUGCUUCUGGAACAUUCACUGAUAACGAUAGUAGCUUAGAAAAUAAUGAUAAAAGUUUCGAAAAUAAUGAUAAAAGUUUCGAAAAUAAUGAUAAUAGUUCAGAAAAUAAUGACAAUAGCUCAGAAAAUAAUGACAAAAGUUUAGAAAAUAAUGAUAAUAGUUCAGAAAACAAUGACAAUAGCUUAGAAAAUAAUGAUAAUAGUUCAGAAAACAAUGACAAUAGCUUAGAAAAUAAUGAUAGUAGUUCACAAAAAAAAGACAUUACUACAAAUAAUGAAAAUGAAAGAUGUAUCAGUUUUGUAACAACUCGAAGGCGUAAUGAAGUUACAAAUGACUCACUUCUCUAUGGGUUUAAUAGUUCCUAUGGAAGUGCCAGUAGUACUGAUUGUGAUAAGACUGUAGUUAGCAAUAAUGGUAACAACUCAAGACAUAGCAUAAGUUCAAAUUUAGACAAUAGUACUGAUAAUAAUAAAACUGAGGUGGAAAAAGAGACAAGGCUAAGUGAUGCUGACCAUAGUAAAGAUGAAGACUUAGUUGUAAACAGUCUCUGUGAAGACAAGAACGACAGUGCUAGAUUUUCAUCAGUAACUACCAGAAAAUCUUCAAGACUGCCUAGAGAAAGUAAUAUGGAUGAGGAUACUAGGAAAAGUUUGAUUGAAAAUGAGGGGAAGCCAGCAAUAGUAUUGCAGCCAGGGAAGAAAUGGGAGAGGUCCUUGAGUAUUUAUAAAAGAAUGACGAUGAUGGAAUUAGACCAUUCCUUACUGGAUGAUGAUGAGCUGGUCUCCAAGGGACGAAAGUACAGACAAAGCGUCAUUAGCACCAUGGAACUACAAGAUUUCAAAGGUUCACUAAACAAUGAAUCAAUUAUUAGUCGCAGGAGUACAUUUGUUUCUAAACCGUGUAGAUCGACGAUUCGGAUUAUAAAAGAACCUAACGCUUCGAGGCUUAGUUUAUGUUCUACUUCUGUUUCUGAAGAUUUAAAAGGAUUUCUGCACGAGGAUUGUGAUGAUACGAUCGUCGAGCUAUCGAAACUCUCGAUUGCCGACUCUGAAAACGAAGUCACUGUAAUAGAGAAUUUCCAUGAUACUUCUAAUCGCGUUUCUACAGCACGGGAGUACGUGUUACGUAGAUGCGGUCAGACAGACGCGAUACUCUUCGAUGAAUGCUAUCCAGAAACGGUCUUGAAAAACUGCCGCAAAAUCGGCGAAGGAGUGUACGGAGAGGUUUUCCUAUGGCGUGCUGGUGAUGGCCGUGCUCGUGUGAUGAAGAUAGUCCCAAUAGCGGGCACUACCAAAGUCAAUGGGGAACGUCAGAAGGACUUCCAAGAAAUUAUAUCGGAGAUUGUGAUUGCUAUGGAAUUGAGCGCACUACGCGCUCCCAUAGAUGAGAUACAACGUGAAUUUGACGCAGGAAAGGAGAUUGAUACCUUGGAUUUACAUUCUGUAGAGAAUGCAACUGAUGUUUUUAAUGAGGUAUUAGCGGUCCGUUGCGUUUACGGUGGCUAUCCGUCGCGUUUGCUCGACCUGUGGGAGUUGUACGACGAGUGCAAGGGCUCGGAAAACGACAACCCGGCCGUCCUGCCGACCGACCAGCAGUACAUAGUGCUGGAGUUGGCUAACGCCGGCCAGGAUCUAGAGAGCUUCGAGUUCAACAACGCUGAGCAAGCGCACGCGCUGUUUUUGCAGAUUGCAUUCGGGUUGGCGGUGGGCGAAGAGGCGUUUCAGUUCGAGCACCGCGAUUUGCACUGGGGCAACGUGUUGAUAGCGCCCACAGAGCAGAAGUUCGCAACGUUCGUCCUGCGCGGUCGCGCGCACCGCGUGGCGCGCUGCGGCGUGGCGGGCACCAUCAUCGACUACUCGCUGUCGCGGCUGUCGCUCCCGCUGGCGCGCGAGUGCGCGGCGCUGUACAACGACCUCGGCGGCGACGACUCGCUGUUCGAGGCCGUCGGCGACUACCAGUUCGCGGUGUACCGGCUCAUGAGAGACAAGCUGCGGAAUGAUUGGAAGAAUUUCGAGCCGUACACAAACAUCCUGUGGCUGCAUUACACUGUGGAUAAAAUGAUCACUGCUCUCCGCUACAAGAGGACCAGUACCAAGAUACACAAGCACUACAUCGCCAAGCUCAAGGGAAUCAAGAACAGAAUCCUGGACUACGGCAGCGCUGCCCAAUUCGUCCUCACUGACAACGAAUUUUAAAAACGAACAAAUUAUGAUAAUACAUUUUACUCAUCAAAAAUAAUCACAUAUUUUCACUAGAAUAUUUUCAAAAUGAUAGAUAGUAGCACUGUUUGCUGUUGUUAUAAACAUUUGACGAUGAAUUGCAUAAAUUAUAAUGUAAAUAGAGAUGUUUGCUUCGGUAAAUUUGUUGAAGUUUUAGACGCUAAAAGAAUUAUUUACAAUAUUGUUGUCCCAUUAGAACAAAAUCAGCUUAAAGGUGCCUUCUUAGACAAGGUAGUGCCUUUGUUCAGGUUACUAAUAAAUUCAUAUUAUAAUGUGUUCAAAA